AAAAAAGAAAAUUUUAGAAGGAUCUGGAAACCCUAAGCCACACAGCUAUAUAAACAGAGCUCCAUUACUGCCCCUUUAGAACUCCCUCAAAUCACUGUAUCAAUAGCCUCUUUGAAAUUGCCGAGCGAGAGAGAGAGAGAAAGCAGAAAAAUGGCGGAUACAGAGACGUUUGCAUUCCAGGCCGAGAUCAACCAGCUAUUGAGUCUCAUCAUCAACACCUUCUACAGCAACAAGGAGAUCUUUCUUCGUGAAUUGAUCAGCAAUUCAUCUGAUGCCCUAGACAAGAUCCGGUUUGAGAGCUUGACAGACAAGAGCAAGCUCGAUGCUCAACCCGAGCUAUUCAUCCACAUCAUCCCCGACAAGACCAACAACACCCUGUCCAUUAUCGACAGUGGUAUUGGCAUGACCAAGGCUGACCUGGUGAACAACCUUGGCACGAUUGCCAGGUCCGGCACCAAGGAGUUCAUGGAGGCUCUGGCCGCCGGUGCUGAUGUCAGCAUGAUAGGACAAUUUGGAGUCGGUUUUUACUCGGCCUACCUUGUGGCAGAGAAGGUGAUUGUCACCACAAAGCACAAUGAUGAUGAGCAGUAUGUUUGGGAGUCUCAGGCGGGAGGCUCGUUCACUGUCACCCGUGACACCUCCGGCGAACCACUUGGCCGGGGCACGAAGAUCACUCUCCACCUGAAGGAGGACCAGCUUGAGUACCUUGAAGAACGCCGCCUCAAGGACCUCGUCAAGAAGCACUCUGAAUUCAUCAGCUACCCCAUUUCCCUUUGGGUUGAGAAGACAACCGAGAAGGAAAUAUCGGACGACGAGGAUGAGGAUGAGGAGAAGAAGGACGAGGAGGGAAAAGUCGAGGAGGUGGAUGAGGACAAGGAGAAGACCGAGAAGAAGAAGAAGAAGAUCAAAGAGGUGUCCCAUGAGUGGGACUUGGUAAACAAGCAGAAGCCCAUCUGGAUGAGGAAGCCUGAGGAGAUUACAAAGGAGGAGUACUCAGCUUUCUACAAGUCCCUCACUAAUGACUGGGAGGAGCAUCUGGCCGUGAAGCAUUUUUCGGUUGAGGGCCAGCUCGAGUUCAAGGCAAUCCUGUUUGUUCCUAAGCGGGCCCCGUUCGACCUGUUUGACACUAAGAAGAAGCCUAACAACAUCAAGUUGUAUGUCCGUCGGGUUUUCAUCAUGGAUAACUGUGAGGAGCUAAUUCCUGAGUACCUCAGCUUCGUGAAGGGCAUUGUUGACUCUGAAGAUCUCCCCCUCAACAUCUCCCGGGAGAUGCUCCAGCAGAACAAGAUUUUGAAGGUGAUCCGCAAGAACCUGGUGAAGAAGUGCAUCGAGCUCUUUUUCGAGAUUGCUGAGAACAAGGAGGACUACAACAAGUUCUACGAGGCCUUCUCGAAGAAUCUGAAGCUUGGCAUCCACGAGGACUCUCAGAACAAGUCGAAGAUUGCUGAGCUGCUGCGGUACCACUCGACCAAGAGCGGGGACGAGAUGACGAGUCUCAAGGACUACGUGACGAGGAUAAAGGAGGGCCAAAAUGACAUUUACUACAUUACGGGAGAGAGCAAGAAAGCAGUCGAGAACUCACCUUUCCUCGAGCGGCUCAAGAAGAAGGGUUAUGAGGUCCUGUACAUGGUGGACGCCAUUGAUGAGUACGCCGUAGGCCAGCUCAAGGAAUUCGAGGGGAAGAAGCUUGUCUCGGCCACCAAGGAGGGCCUGAAGCUUGACGAGAGUGAAGACGAGAAGAAGAAAAAGGAAGAGUUGAAGGAGAAGUUUGAAGGGCUGUGCAAGGUGAUCAAGGAUGUCCUUGGAGACAAGGUCGAAAAGGUAAUUGUGUCUGACCGUGUGGUGGAUUCGCCUUGCUGUCUGGUGACUGGGGAGUAUGGCUGGACGGCUAAUAUGGAGAGGAUAAUGAAGGCGCAAGCCUUGAGGGACUCGAGCAUGGCAGGCUACAUGUCGAGCAAGAAGACGAUGGAGAUUAAUCCGGAGAACUCGAUCAUGGAGGAGCUGAGGAAGAGAGCUGAUGCUGAUAAGAAUGAUAAGUCGGUCAAGGAUUUGGUGCUGCUGCUGUUUGAGACUGCUUUGCUCACGUCUGGCUUCAGCUUGGAUGAGCCUAGCACGUUUGGGAAUAGGAUUCAUAGGAUGCUGAAACUUGGGCUGAGCAUUGAUGAAGAUGCUGAAGAGGGUGAUGCGGAUAUGCCUCCAUUGGAGGAGGCUGAUGCGGAUGCUGAGGGAAGCAAGAUGGAGGAGGUUGACUAA